GAGGAAUCAAAACAAACGCAGCAAAAGCAGAUGGUCUAAAUUUGACAAAUCGUAAAGCAAGAUUAGUUACUGUCAUUUCGUAAUCAAAACUACACAGACGGCUUUGUAAUUUUUUAGUUGACGAUUACUAAGGCGAAAAUGGUUGUGACGAAAAAUAUAUAUCUUCCAACGGAGGAAGAACUGACCGUUCCGGAGAUUAAUCUUUCCGGACCGGCUUUGAAAGCAGGAGCUUUCCAUAUGGGCAAACAAUGCGAGGCAGAAAAUAAUGAAUUCAUGCUCUGCCGUCAGGAGCUUGACGAUCCCCGAGCAUGCAUAAAUGAAGGCAAGGCUGUCACAAAUUGUGCAUUGGACUUUUUCCGUAAAAUAAAGAAAUCUUGUGCUCAGGAGUUCACUCAAUACGCCAACUGCCUGGACAAGAGUAGUGGUGAUUUAAGGUUCAAAUACUGCCGUAAGACCCAAGCGGUGUACGAUGAAUGUGUUUUAGAAAAUCUGCAAAUUGAACGACCGCAUUAUGGCUACUUCACCAGAGCCAAAAUACACGCCACGGAUCGCCCGGCACCGCCGAAGAAGGAAAAAGCUGUUUACCCUGAUGCUACACCAGGUUUACCAGAUGAUUACCCUAGACCAGAGGCAAAGUAUGGCUCCCGUUUCCACUGGUUGAAUUAAAACUGAAACGGAACGAGUUUAUAUAGGCCGUUUCCGGAAAUUAUGUUCAGAUCGUUAUGGAACGACGUAAACAAAAUACAACUGAGCCAACAAUAAGAAGCGAUUUUGAGUAUGUUGUUCCAAAUCGGUGUAGAAUAAUUUUCCUAAAACGGUCCUGUUGUGUAGAAACAAAAAAAAAAGGUUUUGUCGGCGGCUGUCGAAGAUAAUUAAAAUCGAUUAUAUUAUGAA